UGAUGCCUUUUGGCCUUUGCAAUGCUCCUGGCACGUUUCAACACGCUAUGAAUCGGAUAUUCCAUGACUACUUGGAUAAGUUUGUCAUCGUGUACCUCGAUGACAUACUUAUUUUUAGUAAGACUGUCGAGGAGCACGUUGCACACUUGGACAAAGUCCUCAGUCUCCUGCGACAACACAAGUUCAAGAUCAACGGUGAGAAGUGCAAGUUUGGCCGCACCCGUGUCUUGUACUUGGGUCAUGAGAUCUCCGCGGAAGGAUUGAAGCCCGAUGACGCGAAGGUGGCCAGCAUUCGUGACUGGCCGCGACCUCAGUCUGUGACUGAGAUGAGAUCUUUCUUAGGGAUGACAGGCUACUACAGAACUUUUGUAAAGAAUUAUAGCGUAGUGGCCGCUCCUUUGACUGAUCUGACCCGCCUUGACACCCCGUGGGAGUGGACAGAUAAGUGCGAGACUGCUUUCAGACAUCUGAAGCAUGCGUUGACGCACUAUGAAGUCCUGAAACUUCCUGAUCCUGACAAGCCGUUCAUAGUAACCACGGAUGCUAGCCAAUAUGGCAUUGGCGCCGUGCUUGCACAGCAGGAGGGGCCAAAGUUGAGGCCAGUUGAGUACAUGUCAAAGAAGAUGUCAUCUCAGAAGUUGGCAAAGUCCACCUAUGAGAAGGAACUCUACGCCGUGUACAAGGCUCUAACCCAUUGGAGGCACUAUCUCCUUGGGAGGCCGGGUGAAAGCUUGUCCAUUGACUUCAUGGAUACGCUGGUCACCAACAAGAGUGGGAUGAGGCAGAUCUUCGUCAUCGCGGAUAGGUUUAGUACGUAUGCUAGGUUAAUAGCCAUGCCGGAAACAGCGAAGACCGAGUAUGUAAUCAGGCUGUUCAAAGAGAACUGGGUGAGGGAUUUUGGAUUGCCUAAGUCUAUUAUAAGUGACAGGGAUGUCAGAUUUACAAGUGAGUUAUGGAAGGCCGCUGCAGCUGAACAGGGAACUCAACUGCAAAUGACUUCUGGAAACCACCCAGAAGCAAACGGCCAGGCUGAACAAAUGAACCGCGCUGUUCAACACCUGUUGAGGCAUUACAUUAAGCCCAACCAGGUGGAUUGGGACGAGAAGCUUGCUUUUGUCGCCAGUCUGUACAAUAACGCUGUACACAGCGCUACCGGGCAGGAGGACAUCCACAGCCUCGACGACUCGCUGACUCAAGUCCACAGCCGCAUCCGGCAGCUGGAGCAGCAACCCGUCGUCGCCCCCGAUGCCAGCUCUUCCAACACCUUCGAUCGCCUUGAGGCACUGGAGAUUGACGUCGGCUCCCUCAAGGACGGCGUGCAGUUACAGCAAACCGCAACGCAACAGUUGGAACAACGGAUCUGCACUGCCGCCAACCACUCGAGUUCGGAAUCGCGUGAGACAGCUCCAAAGUUCGACGGGCAGGAGAUCUUCUGCGACUCGACGAAGACAGACCCGAUUUCUAUGGUUCCGCAAGUUCGAGCUCACGUUGUGGCUACACUACUAGAGCCGCCGGAGAUCAAGGCAAUGGACAAGCUGAUGGUCUUCGAACACGGCACGCUGCCGAGCGUUGACUGGAUUGCCGGGUACCAACGCUUGACAUCCGUCCCAGACAUUCAAAUGGGCUUCAAAGCCAUCAAACACCACUUCAUCUCGAGGUCGUGUCCAACAUUGGGCAAUGCCUUGACGCACGUCCAGACACCGGCAGAACUCUUCGACAAGGCCGCACAGAUUAUUGUCACGAACAAGGAGGUCAAGAACCUCCACCGUUCGUCUGCGACAGACCCGAGCAAAGAUCAGCAUCGGCCGAAAGUGGCCAUGGUCACGGCGGCAACGCCAAGCGACCAAAUUAGCGAGGCCGUGUCUGCCAAUGAAUGGGACAGACUCGCAACCGCCCGGGAAGGUGGCCGCCCUGGCAAAGGCCGAGGACGCGGCAAGGCGAAGACAAACACCGCAUCUAGCCCCGGGCAAGGGCAAAUCGGGAAACUGAGCACCGCCAGGAGUGACUCGAUGACACUCUCGACGCCUUCGGAACCGGUCGCUUCGCGGGUGACCGCCCUUCGUUUCGAGGCACACGUGGAAGUCGAUAGUCCUCCUCUUUUUUAUUCUUUUGAGGACUAUGCUGCCUGGCUCGUUCCUACGCUGGGGACUCAUGCUCAAGGACAAGACGUGUGUGCGGCAUCUUCUCCGUCCGACAACGACAACUUAUCGUCUUCAAGUGGUUCUUCACGAGAUUCGGCGCGCGAGUUCAACAUAGAGGUAUUGGACCCGCUCACGUCCGAGGAUUUCGCAUGGCUUCCUCUCCCGACCACGGGCCGCUUGUCGGGACCGCAAUGCGCAGCAUUAUGCGCUCAUCUUCACACGUACUUAUCCUUCUAUGCACCACCAACUUCGCCGAUGGAUGACGAAGUUGCGGUGAGGGACAUCCUUGCGCAUGUUACCAAGGUGGCCCGCGAGUUUCGCAAUCAGCGGUAUGAUGACAACAACGCACCGCUCCUCUAUGUCCGCAUCCAAGUUGGGCAAGCGUCCUGCAACGCUUUGCUGGAUAGCGGCGCGUCUCGCAAUUUUAUGAGCCAAGCCUUCAUGCAAAAGGCUAGCCUUGGCGCACAAGUUCGAAGGAAGGCAAACCCGACGGCGAUCAAGUUGGCGGACGGAAGGACCCAGCAACUUAUCGACCGCUACAUCGAGGCCGUACCGGUGUAUUUCGCACCUCAUGCACGCGAACCGGUGACAUUUGACAUUUUGGACACGGACUUCGAUAUUAUUUUGGGAAUGCCUUGGCUUGCAAGUGCGGAUCACACGGUCAACUUCCACCGGCAGACUCUUACCGUUCGCGACGCCUUCGGCACCGAAGUGUUGUGUACUAUUCCUCUUCCGCACCCUUCGAUUCAGUGCCAAGUGGUGACGGCCAAGUCAUUCCGGGCUACUUGUGCUUACGAGCAGCCCGACGAAAUCGACCUAUGUUUCCUACGGACCGUCGCGGUAGCCGACUCUUCACCCACGGACUUGUCUUCGGACCCUCGUGUGGUGCGGUUGCUUGACGAGUUCGCCGAUAUCUUCGAGUCACCUCCCGGUGUGGUGCCGGAUCGGCCGAUCUCUCACGAGAUCAUUCUUGAGGCCGGUGCCGUGCCGCUGAAAGGUUGUAUUUAUCGCAUGAGCGAGGAGGAGCUUACGGUUCUCCGCGCGCAACUCGAUCAUUUGUUGGAUAAGUGUUGGAUCCGCCCUAGUAGCUCUCCAUACGGAGCGCCGGUUCUCUUCGUACGGAAGAAGAACAAGGAUCUACGAUUGUGCAUCGACUACCGCAAGCUCAAUGCGCAAACCGUCAAGAAUGCGGGGCCUCUUCCUCGCAUCGACGAUCUUCUUGAGCGACAGGGCGACGCAAAGUAUUUUUCCAAGUUGGAUUUGAAGUCGGGAUAUCAUCAAAUCUCCAUCCGACCGAACGAUCGUUACAAAUCUGCGUUCAAGACACGGUAUGGGCAUUUUGAGUGGGUGGUCAUGCCUUUUGGCCUCACCAACGCCUCGACGACCUUUCAAGCGGCAAUGACCAACGAAUUUCGUGCAAUGUUGGACCGGUUCGUGCUGGUCUACUUAGACGAUAUUCUUGUCUAUAGCCGGUCAUUGGAGGAUCAUCUUGAGCAUCUUCGACGAGUGUUGGAGAUGCUCCGCCGCGCCAAGUACAAGGCCAACCGCGACAAUCCGCUAUCGGACAAGAUUCAAGCCAUCCAAGAGUGGUCGGAGCCGCGGUGCGUCACGGAUGUCCGUUUGUUCCUUGGCCUUGUCGGCUACUACCAACGUUUUAUCAAGGGAUACUCGAAGAUCGCGGCCCACUUGACCCAACUUCAAUGCGAGGAUCGACUGUUUGACUUCGGAGAGGACGCGCGGGAAUCAUUUUUGGCUCUCAAAGCCGCGCUAUUAUUUGUGGAGGUCUUGCGCAUAUACGACCCGCUUUCGCCUACGCGCGUCACUACGGAUGCGUCCGACUAUGGCAUUGGUGCCGUCCUCGAGCAACACGAUGGCGUGGACUGGCACCCGAUCGAGUAUUUCAGCAAGAAAGUGCCCCUCGUGCACUCCAUUGACGAUGCACGCAAGAAGGAGUUCCUCGCCUUCGUCCAUGUGCUCAAGCAGUGGCGGCACUUCCUCCUUGGUCGAAGCCAAUUCCGAUGGGUAACGGACAACAAUCCGUUGGUCUUUUACAAGACCCAAGACACCGUCAACAACACCAUCGCUCGAUGGAUGGCUUUCAUCGACCAAUUCGGCUUCUUUCCCGAUCACAUUCUGGGAAAGUCGAACCGUUUUGCGGAUGCUAUUUCACGGCGUCCGUAUCAUUGUACCGCAGUCUAUUCAACCUUCGAGAUCAACAACGACCUGCGGGACAGCUUCAUCCGCGGCUACCAAACCGACCCCGAGUUUCGAGACAAGUACGCGAAUUGCUCCUCUCCUAAUCCGGCGCCUUCUCACUACCGGAUCCAAGAGGGGUACUUGCUUGUCCACACACGGGGGAAGGACCUUCUUUGUGUACCGAGUGACCCUCACUUGCAUACACGACUUCUUGGCGAGUUCCACGAUGCUCCCGCCACCGGACACUUUGGAGUCAAUCGCAUGAUUGGCCGACUUCGCGAGCGAUUUUGGUGGUCCGGCCUUCUCGGCGACGUCACACGGUAUUGCGAGUCAUGCGCGGUUUGCCGACGCUGCAAAUCCCACAACCAUCGUCCAUACGGCGAGUUGCGACCAUUACCGGUCCCCUUGCAGCGAAGGGAAGCGAUUGCCAUGGACAUUAUCGGCCCGUUCCCCAAGCACAAGACCGGCGUGGAUGGGAUUCUCACGGUGGUCGACCGACUCACCAAGUUCGCAAUGUUUUUGCCUUGCCGCUAUCAUGCCAAGGCACCGGAAUUGGCCGAGGUUCUUUACGCCGGUUGGAUUCGAACCAAGGGUUACCCCAAGGAAAUCGUCUGCGACCGCGGCACUCGGUUCAUGUUCGAUUUUUGGUUGGCACUCAUCAAACGAUAGGGCUCAUCUCUCAAGUCAAGUUCGGCUAGCCACCCCCACACCGAUGGCCAAACGGAG